GAAUACAGAGAGAGAGAGAGAUCCACUCACUCACUCACUCACUCACAGAGGUGUAUCUCUGUAUAGGGACUAUGGCUCUGUCACAGGUGCAGUGUUUGGAGGAGAGUAACGUGAACCACAGGACUAACGAGUCUCGGCCGGAGUUCUACUACAGUGAGGCCCAGAGACUGGCGGUGGAGACUCUGGUGACCCGCGGGAGAGAGGCGUUCGAUGAAACCAUCAGGAACGAGAACCUGAGGGCGUUCCUCUCGGAGUUGGAGGUGCGGCGGCUGCUGUCCUCGGCCCGAGAGUACCUCCCGGAGCCCGAGCCCGAGCCCGAGCCGGACCCCGGGGCCGGGGAGCCCGGGGAGCCCGGGGAGCCCGGGGAGCCCGGGGCCGGGGGUCCCGGGGAGCCGCCGCUGUCACAGCUGUACUGGCCCGACCACUCUGAUGUGGAGCGGCCGGGGCUGGACCUGGGGUGGCCCGACAGCUCCUCGUACCGCGGGGUGACCCGGGCCACCGUGUACACACAGCCGCCGGUGGACGGGACAACUCACAUCAAGGAGGUGGUGCGGAGGAUGAUCGCGGGGGCACAGAAGGUAAUCGCUGUUGUCAUGGACUUAUUUACAGACAUUGAUAUCUUCAAAGACAUACUAGAUGCCAGCUUUAAAAGGAAAGUUCCUGCCUACAUUAUCCAUGAUCAAACCAACAUCAAGUACUUCUUCAAGAUGUGCGAGAGCUCAGGAAUGCACAUGGGGAUGCUCAAAUAUCUACAAAUCUCUUCUAUUGAGGGGAAUGAAUUCAACACCCGUUCAGCUAAAACGGUCAUAGGGAGGCAAAUGCAAAAGUUUAUGCUGAUUGAUGGAGACAGGGCAGUGUCCGGAUCAUACAGUUUUACCUGGACUGGAUCUCGGCUUGACCGCAACAUCAUCACUGUGCUUUCGGGUCAGGUGGUGGAAACGUUUGACAAAGAAUUCAGGGAGCUGCUGCACUUCUCCAAAGUGGUCAACAUGAGUCAAUUGAACUUGGCUCCAGUGGAGCCUGAACCCAAGCCCGAACCCAUCCAGGUACCGAGUCUCACACCAGAACAAAGUGCCGCCAUAGCGAGGAAGCUUAUCAACCCCAAGUACGCCCUGGUGCGGUUAAACAUGGCCAACGGGGAUUCUUCAUCUUCUGAUAAGAAGUCCGACUCCAACAAGGAUAAGAAUCAACAGUUGAACACAAGUAAGAAACAGACAGCUAGUGGAUUACCAGAGAUCCCAUUCGAAGAGCCCACCAUUGACCAAGCUCUUAUGAACAUGCCCAAAAUAGACAUGCUUGCCUACAUGUUUAGUUUUGGGGUACAGCCUCAGGAGAACAGCGAGGAUCAGAAGAGUUCAACAAACACCAAAGAAAGAGAUUGUGGGCCUGUGCAAAGCAGUCAGGCACAAAAACAGGUAGAAGGAGAGGCAGAUGUUCCCCGCAAAGCAACUGAUAAUGAUACUCAGACUAAGAGAACUAACAAAAGAAUGGAGAAGAAUACUGGUGUCAAUUUAUUGACUGCACAAACAUUAGAGACUCAAGAAACUAAGCAUAAAGCAAAUACAACAGAUCAUAAAGUUAAGUCAAAAAUGAGAGGAAUGAAAGGCUCUCUACAGCACAGAAACAAACUGAAGAGUAAAGUCUUGGACAAUGACACAAGACCUGCGAAACAGACAGUGGUGUACUCAUCUGCAUGUAAAGAAAAUGGAGAAGGGCGAGCGAUUGAAACUUCGGAGGGGAUAAAAGAUGUAAUUACUUCUACAACAGGCGAAGCAGAGGUGCCUGCAGAAAGCAACGAAACAGAAGGUGGUCAGGAGAAUGGACCAGAUGAAACUGAACUAGAGGAAGACUGUGUAUCGAAUCCUUCAACAAAUUGCACUCCAGAUUGGAUAUCAGACACCUCCCUGUCUUCUGAAUCAGAUGACUUCUACGAGUGUGAUGAUUUCAAUGGCACAGUCAAAAAAGUUGCAUCCGAGCAUGAUGGAGAACAGAUAAUUGGGGAGGUGAACCACUGCAUCAGCCGCGGCACCUUUGAAAGCCCUUUGAACCACUCCAAGAAUUUUUCCCAUUCGAUGAAUGACAUAAGAGACGGCUACAAGAUAGUGUCCAAAAACGAGGCUGCCAUCUUCUUACGUGAAGUAAAAGAACAGGCCAAGAAGAAGGCUCUUGAUAAUAUGCGACACACUUUCCACCAACAACACCUUCAACGUUUUUGUGAAAAGUCAAAGAGGAAUAAUUUGUUCCCACUAACUUCAAAGCCACCAGCUGCCAUGCUGAGGUCAAACAUGAACGUUCGUAAGUUCCAUGGAUUAACAAGGAGCACCGAUUUGGACAAAGGUAGAAAGGUGAUCUCUAAAUCAUUUGGGCCUUCCAGCUGAAAGGUUUUACCACAUGGUUCACAAUUUCACCAAGAUCAAGACCUUUUUAGGACAUUAACCUCAACAGUAGGCACCACAGAGCUAACAACGCACAGUGGAUCAUCUCUAUAGAAGGCUCCCCUUAGCACAACGAAGACUCUAUUGGGCUCUCGUUCUCCAAGCUUUCAGCAUCUCGUCAUUUAAGGGUUAAGUUGCUGAGCCAAAGAGCUGCAAUACUUUCAGUAUCAUUACAGAAGAAAUGAACAAGCAACACUUGAAACACCAGCAAGUCUUGCAGUUAAACCUGUGGAGCCCCUGGUAUUCGGGACUCUUAAGUAUUUAAUAAAUGCUGCUUCUGUACUGUCCAAAAGGGGCAAAGCAAUGUGAUGGGAAAUAAAUUUACAUUACCUGAUCUGUGCACCAGUACCAGGUUGCCAAAAUGGCUAAUCCAAGAGUCAUGCCAGUCCACGGAAGAUCUCCUGUCACUGGAUCUCUGAAGAGAUGCAUUGCAUCAGCUCUGGGGAGGUGGCAUGUUGUAUUGGGAAUAAUCUUUGUCGGAAUUGCAUCUCGAUAUGCCCUUUCCAGGUUGUGGUAUCCUCCGAUCUUAUUAAACGCUAGAGGAGCAACAUAAAGCAAUUGACUUUGUUAAUGUAAAUGUUAAAACCUCAGUACAGUACAGCUGCUAUAAUUAUUUUUGGUUCGGGCUUUUUUUAAUCUAAAGAGCGGACAACUGAGUCUAUCAGGGUGUUGUUAGUAUCUGGAUCUUGUAUUUGGUGAUAUUCCUUUGUAAUGUGCAAUAAAUCUUGCAUGUGAGGUGCCAGAAUAACGUGGA